GCGCAGUUUCAAAAGUAACGCUACGUCUACAGCAGCAUUCUUGGUGUCGGCAGUUAAACCAUAAUUUUCUAGUGUCGAUUCCAAGAUUGUUUUAAUUUAAGAAUUGUGUUGUUUCUAACUGUUCAGUCUUCAGUUGUAGGAAUGGGAGGUCUAUCGACCUAUAUUAAUCCUUGCAGUUAGUAACACUGUGGAGGUCUUCAAGCUGACUUAGACGAUUUAGUUAGAUGGGCUCGAGAGUGGGGCUUAGAAAUCAAUGUUAGGAAAAGUGUGCUAAUGCACAUCGGUUAUGGUAAUAGUUACCGUUAUACUAUUGAGGGUAAACCUCUUCUAUGCGUUCAAGAGCAUAAAGACUUAGGAGUAGUAUUAAGUCAUGAUUUAAAAGCAACUACGCAUUGCAAAGCAGCCGCUGUCAAAGGUUUUCGUGCGUUAUGAUCACUUUACCGAGCGUUCAAAUCUUUUGACGAGGGAACGUUCCGAAUUUUAUAUCCCAUAUAUGUUAGACCACAUUUAAAGUACUGUAUCCAAGCAGCUAGCCCAUGUCUGGUAAAGGAUACUAACUCCCUUAAGCGUGUCCAGCGUGUGGGAACGAAAUUAGUAAAGGGUCUUUCUAGACUCCCUUACGACGAGGGUUUAAAACGCCCAAAUUUUUUCCCAUUGUCUUAAUUUUAGUGAGGAUUGACAUUUUCCCUCGUUUAUACCGUCUUUUUGGAGAGCGAAUAUUUGUUUAUUAUAAAAUAUGUAUGGUUAUCUGACAAAAGUUAUAUCUCUUGUAAUCUUUCGUUAGGCUAGCCAUGUAUUUCUUCAGUCAAAGCUACAUUACCUGGCAAGAAAUUAUUAGGCAGUUGGUAUAUAGUUUAUUGGCUAGUAAAGGAUUUUUUAAUGAUCUCUUAAUAUCAUUCAUGUAAUGCCUUGUGUCAGAUUUAAUCAUUGUAUAUGUAAUCUGGUUCACAACCCCAUAAGGUAAUAAGGCGUUAAUGCAGCCCAGUUUUAUUUUGCAUGGGGUCACGUGUUUAAACUGGCGAGUCAAAAACCCAGCAAGAUCUCUUCAUAUUUGUUUAACUUCUAUGAUUAGUGCAGAUUACCUUAGUUUUAUACCAGAUUUUAUUAAGUGGAUUUCCUACUUCUUAUUCAGAGUUUAGUAAUUCAAACACCAUAAUGGUUGUCGAAUCAGACGACUCUGGUUUUCGCCAACUGGAAUACUUCUCUCUAGUUUCAAAAGUUUGCACAGAAUUAACAAAUCAUUUGGGUUUAGAUGACAAAGUCCUGGGUAAGUUGAUUGUUUGGAUUUUUUGAUCAUAUCAACUCUCACAGCUGAAUUUGUUAUUCAUUUGGCUAAGAAAAAUCCGACUUUUGAAAAAUUCAAAAGUGCUUUGGAAAAGAAAGGCGCAGAGUUUACGGACCCAUUAAUAGCCAGUAUUUUACGCCUAGUUGAGAAAAUGCUUCCAAAGAAGGAGAAAGUUACUAAAAAGAAGGCAUUAACAUCUUCAUCUAACAAGAAAGAUUCUGAGUUAGAUGUUGUCAAAAACAAACUAGAACUGAGAAAGCGACUUUUACCUGCCUUGUGUAUGCCAAAUGAAGAUCCAAACGACGAGCGAUUGAAUGUGGAAUCUGAAAAUGUAGAACCGUGCAGUGAUACUGAUAAAAAGGAUGGGAUUCGUAACAAAUUCGUUCAUCCUGAUGAACUGGAAGAGGAAUUCCAUAGUGAUAAUAUCAAUAAUAAAAAAGAUUGUGUAGAUGACGUCGAAGCUUUGGCUAUGAUUAAAGACUUGGAAUUAUUGUUAUCCGGUGCUAAGGAAGCAUCAUUAUCUAAGUCAAAGCCACGUGACGAAAAGAAAAGUGAGGAUAGACGUGCUCGUCGUUCACAUUCUAAAUCUCCUCAUCGUUCACGACAUUCAAAUCGAAGAGCUCAUCAAAGAAAUCCUGAUGCAUCUAGUGAUUAUCGUGGUCAUCGUAAAAAGUCCAGAUCACCUCAUGGGAAAGAAUCCAGAUCGCCGUCGCCUCACUCCUCCAGACAUCGAUCUGAGGAUCAUUCUCCAGCUAACAAAUCGUCUUAUCAUAGAGACCGACCACGAGCUGAUCAUAUUUCACCUAAAAGGUAUUCUCAUGGUUCAAGUAGUCCAAAUUACGAAAGUAAACGACUAAAAGAUCUUCCUUCAGAACCUAUUGUGGGCGAUAUCUAUCGUGGUAGAGUUACAAAUGUGCUAGCAUUUGGAGCUGUUGUUCAGUUAGAUGGACUUCGUAAGAGAUGGGAGGGUCUGGUGCAUAUUUCUCAGCUACGUCAAGAAGGUCGUGUAGCCAGUGUUGGCGAUGUUGUUAAUCGUAAUCAAAAGGUCUGGGUAAAAGUUAUCUCGUUCACAGGUACUCGAACUGGUCUUAGUAUGCGUGAGGUGGACCAAGAGACGGGUGCUGAUUUGAAUCCUUCACGCUUGCCUGAGAAGAAAUCCAAUAAUUCUAGUGAAUCGUUAGAUAAAGAUAAAAUACGUCUCGUAGAUGAAGAGGAUAUCGAUGGUGUUCGGAAUCCUGAUCGUCCUGCAGCUAACUCUGGACCAGGAUUUUUCGGUAGACGCAAAGAAAUGGGAUUUGAGGAAGACAUUGAAUCUGGUCCCAAACGAAAGGUUCAACGAAUUAGUAGUCCAGAACGCUGGGAAUUAAAACAAAUGAUGUCAGCUGGUGUAAUUGAAAAGACAGAAUUACCUGAUUUCGAUGAAGAGACUGGACUUUUACCACGUGAAGAUGAAGAAUCUGACGAAGAUAUUGAAAUCGAACUUGUUGAAGAUGAACCACCAUUUCUUAAGGGUCAUGGUCGACAUGCGAUGGAUUUGUCUCCAGUUAGAAUAGUCAAGAAUCCAGACGGAUCAUUGCAACAAGCUGCCAUGAUGAGACAAGCUCUACAAAAGGAAAGACGUGAAAUGAAACAACAAGAAAGACAAAACCAAGUAACAGCUGAACGAGAGACUGCUCCUGAACGGAUGGGUAAAGAUUGGCAUGAUCCAAUGGGGUUUACUUUGGACAAUGAACCACAGUUUUCAGGUUCACGUUCAACUGACCAGUUUAAAGAUGUACCGGAAUGGAAACGUGCUGUUCAAGGGGGUACAAGAACUGGAGCUGUUGGUAAAAAGAUUGUACGAUCUAUUCUUGAACAGCGUCAAGCCUUACCCAUAUUCAGACUAAAAGAUGAGCUAAUGAAGGCAGUGAAUGAUAAUAAAGUAUUGAUUGUUAUUGGAGAAACUGGUAGUGGGAAGACUACCCAAAUAACACAAUAUCUAGCUGAAGCAGGUUAUGUCAACACUGGUCGCAUUGGAUGCACUCAACCACGUCGAGUAGCAGCUAUGUCUGUAGCUAAACGAGUAUCUGAAGAAUUUGGUUGUCGUCUAGGGCAAGAAGUUGGUUAUACAAUACGUUUUGAAGAUUGUACUGCACCAGAAACAAAAAUCAAAUACAUGACAGAUGGUAUGCUGUUACGUGAAUGCCUUAUUGAUCCGGAUUUACGCCAAUAUUCAGUAAUUAUGUUGGAUGAAGCACAUGAACGAACAAUACAUACAGAUGUAUUAUUUGGUUUAUUGAAAAAAGCUAUUCAAAAACGAGAUGAUAUGAAGUUAAUUGUCACUUCAGCUACUCUUGAUUCAGUCAAAUUUUCCCAGUACUUUUUUGAAGCUCCUAUAUUCACUAUACCUGGUCGUACAUAUCCUGUUGAAAUAUUGUAUAGUUUAGAACCAGAAAAUGAUUAUCUAGACGCUGCACUCAAUACAGUUAUGCAAAUUCAUUUAACUGAACCUCCAGGAGAUAUAUUAGUAUUUUUAACUGGUCAAGAAGAAAUCGACUCUGGUUGUGAACUUCUUUAUGAACGUAUGAAAGCUUUAGGCUCUGAAGUACCUGAAUUAAUCAUUUUACCAGUUUAUGCAGCUUUACCAUCUGAAAUGCAGUCGAGAAUUUUUGAUCCUGCACCUCCAGGCUCCCGUAAAGUAGUGAUUGCUACAAAUAUUGCUGAAACAUCUUUAACAAUUGAUGGAAUUUAUUAUGUUAUUGAUCCAGGUUUUGUAAAACAAAAAGUGUACAGUAGUAAAUCUGGUAUGGAUCAACUUAUUGUCACACCAAUUUCACAGGCUCAAGCUAAACAACGUGCUGGACGUGCAGGUCGUACAGGUCCUGGAAAAUGUUAUCGUUUGUAUACUGAAAGAGCCUACAGAGAUGAAAUGUUAGCGACCAAUGUACCAGAGAUUCAAAGAACAAAUCUAGCAAGUACAGUUUUACAGUUGAAAGCCAUGGGUAUAAAUGAUUUAUUGUCAUUUGACUUUAUGGAUCCUCCCCCAUUACAGACACUUGUCGCUGCUAUGGAAACUUUACAUGGUUUAUCUGCUCUGGAUGAUGAAGGAUUGUUGACACGUCUUGGAAGAAGGAUGGCCGAAUUUCCUCUUGAACCAAUGCUUUCUAAAAUGUUAAUUAUGUCAGUGCAUUUACAAUGUUCUGAAGAAGUAUUAACUGUCGUUUCAAUGUUAUCUGUUCAAAAUGUUUUCUAUCGUCCUAAGGAGAAAACUGAAUUGGCUGAUCAACGUAAAGCGAAAUUUCAUCAACCUGAAGGUGAUCACCUUACUUUAUUGGCUGUAUACAAUGCAUGGAAGAAUAAUAAAUUCUCUGCACCAUGGUGUUACGACAAUUUUCUGCAAGCAAGAACUUUAAAACGUGCUCAAGAUGUACGUAAACAAUUGCUUGGUAUUAUGGACAGACAUAAACUUGAUGUAGUUUCAUGCGGUAAAAAGACUGCAUUAGCACAGAAAGCAAUUUUGUCUGGAUUCUUUCGUAAUGCUGCAAAGAAAGAUCCACAAGAAGGUUAUCGUACGCUGGUUGACCAACAAGUUGUUUAUAUUCAUCCAUCAUCUGCAUUAUUUAAUAGACAACCAGAUUGGGUUGUUUAUCAUGAACUAGUUAUGACUACUAAAGAGUAUAUGCGUGAAGUAACCACAAUCGAUCCAAGAUGGUUAGUAGAAUUUGCACCGAAUUUCUUCAAAUUUGGCGAUCCAACUAAAUUAUCACGUACUAAAAAGUCAAUGCGAAUUGAACCAUUGUUCAGUAAAUUUGAAGAGAAAGAUUCAUGGCGUAUUUCACGUGUUCCAAGGAAAUUUCAUGUUAAAGUUACAUUUUAAUAUUUAUUUAACUAACUUAUUGUUGUUCAACUUCUGUUUCAAUAUAGUAUUUUGUUUUUCUCUUAAGCAAAUACUUAUUUAUUUAUUUUGUACAGAUGUCAAGUGUAUUUUUAAGAAUUCACAUAAUUUACUAUUUAAAUCCUUAAUGGGAAUGAUUGUGAAAUGUAACAGCGUCGUUGUCCUGUUUUUUCUCUUUUAAUAGUGCUUCUUUCCUUUUUUUACAGAAGGAUCAGUAUACUAUUUGUAUUUUAUUAUUUUACCUAUGUAAUCGACUUGAAUUUGUAGUAAAAAUAUGUAUAGUUUUUCGUUGGUUUCAUAUUUUGGUGUUUUAGUGAUCAUACUCUGUGCCAAAGUUUUGUCUUAGUUAUAUGGCCAUGAACUUUGUGUAUUCUCACAUAGUUCUUUGUUGUCUUUUGUUUAUCUUGUUGUGAAUAGUGUCGCUAUUCAACACAAAUUUAAGAAGUUGAAUUUUAUUGACAUAAUUACAGGGUUUAGUUUAUUU